UAUUUGUUCGUGGCAGAUUAUUUCCAUUAAUAUAUUACUCACCACUAAUUACGUCAUAUAACACAGGUACUACAAUAAUAGAACAACCUAUAUUGGAGGCCUAUCUGAGGAGAGCUAUUAUUUUCUGGUGCUCAUCGGGUACUUAUCAUACUUUAAGAUGGCGCCGAAACAGUGGUUAUUUAAGGUUGCCUUGGUGAUUUUAUGUUUAAAUCUAUUUCUACAGGAUGUGACGUCCCAACUCAACCCUCAGUUUGAAAGUUUGAUGAGAAAACAGAAAAGGAAAUCCGUAGCAGCACAUUCCUUUGUGGAUCAUAGCAAGGAAUUCUUCUCCCAUAAAGGCAUUGAUUUGGACUAUGUUCAAUCUCUCACCAAAGACAACCAAAGGUUUUCACAGUUUGUGCAGACCCACCUUUCCAAAGCCACUGAAGAUGCGAAGCAGAUUGAAAUAGGAGGUAAACUCUGGUAUGGUCUUGAUGAUGAUAGGCUUCUAUCUGAGAUCUGCUUCCAAGAUACCAUGCAGUACUUUUCUGAUCUUGGAAACGGAGUUCUUUACGCAUCACGAAUGUGGGCGUCUCGUGGUAGCAUCAUACCAUCAGAUAUUCAAAAGGCUUUAUAUACACUGAACGUCAAGGACUACGGCGAUCUUUGGUUAUGUACAUCGAACACAGCAAACAAGACAUCGGGUGUACCUUCAUUUGACGCACAGUACUGUGGUGCUUAUAUACUUCUACCAUUCGGAGCACUAAUCUGGGGUACAUGUUCCCCUAAUACUUGCACUACGAAAGAGAUCCAAGCAGUAUCCGACACCAUAUGGACUGCCCUUGGAGUAGAUGAACCGUUCGUUGGUUAUGAAUGUAACGAACCCGAGGAAUGGAGGACAGCCGAUAUUGCAUUCCUUGCUUUGAUGUGUUUCUUUGUGGCAAUGGUGCUGGUGGGCACCUUCUACGAAAUCUACCUUCACAAGAUGGUCCUAAACAAGGUCUUGAAGCAAACAACAACCAAACAGAAAGCAGGUGAUCUUACUUCUGAUAAGCACAAAAUAGAGGAAACAUCCAUUGAUGACCCGGAUAUAGUCGAAGUUGGUACCGAGGCGAGGGUCAAGGAGAAUGGCGCUCACCUAAACGGUGGAUUCGAAAAGGGAGAAGGGAUUCUACAGAAUGGUAAAGAGCAUCACAUUCAGAUGACAGAGGAUAAUAUCGAGAAAGAACACAAGCCGAAGAUCGAUCUCAAAUGGGCAAUCCUUGACGGUGUCCUGAUGUCCUUCUCACUCGUCACCAACUGCACCAAGCUCCUGAGUGCUAAGAAAUCUAAAGAAAACUUAGCUGCUCUCAAUGGUCUGAGGGUCAUCAGUAUGUUCUGGGUCAUUCUUGGACAUUCCUUCUCGUUCUACCUUGGUCGACUUGAUAAUUUUAGUGAGUUGUUUGAGGAAAUGCAAUCAUUCGGGUACCUGGCUAUUGUCAACUCUACGUAUUCAGUUGAUACAUUCUUCGUUCUCAGUGGAUUCCUCACAGCAUAUCUUACCCUGAAACAGCUGGACAGCAAAAGACUUGGCAGUGCAUUCAGUUGGUUUGUCUUCUACUUCCACCGUUGGUGGCGUCUUACACCAGUUUACAUGGCCACCAUAGGCAUCUGGGCCUUGCUGAAGCCGCACUUUGCCCAGGGUGUACUGACCGAUUAUGGGCACGAGGUGACACGGGAUUACUGCGGAAGAACCUGGUGGGCUCAUAUGCUGUAUAUCAAUAAUCUUUAUCCCUGGCCUAAUGAUCUUGAGCAAACCUGUAUGGGUCAUGCAUGGUACCUAGCAAAUGAUAUGCAGUUCUACAUCAUUAGUCCUCUUAUUCUAAUCAUCCUAUACAGGAAUUGUAAAGCAGGAAUGGCCCUGAUUGGUUCCAUCAUGCUAAUUUCGCUGGGAUCGUUGGCUGGUCUUAACUAUUAUUAUGGAAUUAACAUGGAUCCCUGGUAUCAACAACCACCAUACAACGAUCGUUUGGCAGACUACCCCGAACAGGACGUUACAUAUGCCAAACCUUAUACAAGAAUUCCACCUUACCUCGUUGGCAUGGUGAUGGGAUAUAUCAUCUUUAAACUCAAAGGAAAGCAACUUAAACUUAAAAAGAUAUACGUCUUCACUGGCUGGUUGAUUGCUCUUGGCACUCUCUUUGCUGUGGUGUACGGUGCUUAUGGUUGCCUAAAUCGCUACAUAGAACAGUGGGAGUCAAUGAUCUAUUUGACUGUCGGUCGAUUAGCGUGGGGUAUCGGCAUUGCUUGGAUCAUCUUCGCUUGUCUUAAUGGAUACGGAGGUCCUAUUGGAGUGCUUCUUGAUUGGUCAUUCUGGAUCCCAAUGGCUCGUCUAACAUACUGUGCCUAUCUAAUCCAUCCUAUCUUACAAUACAGUGCUAUUACUUACAACAAGACUCUCUUCCAUAUGGACUACUUGUCACUCAGCUUCUUUUUUGGUGGUUGUCUUCUAUUCUCCUACGCGGCAGCCUUGAUUAUGUCUUUAGUCUUGGAAAGCCCACCAAUGGGACUGGAGAAAGUCAUGUUUGGAAAAUUCAAGACAAAAUAGGAAACAUCUAACUAGCAGCACCCCUAGACGAAGAAGAUAGCUCCUUAGCACGAGAGGGUUCAAUUUUGACCCGUAUACCUGCAUGAGACAUUCUACAAAAUUCAUAAAAAACUUUACAAGAAAAAGUAAAAGAUUUUCAAGCGAUCAGGAGCCUUCAUGGAAUUCGCCUUUGAACUUGUUGCGUUUGAUAGUAAAGUUUUCUGAUAUAUAAUGUAUAUGAUCCCAGCAUUAUUUCAGUCCGGCUUCAUACGUAAGGAUUAGAAAUUAAUAUUUCGUAAUUGAGUCUUGUUUAGUGCUAAAAAAGGCUCGAAUUUGACUUUGGCCAAAGUUCAUCUUAAAAAUUUUCUGUCGUAUUGGUUCUUUUAAUAGUAGAACAAUAUUACUUCUAGCACUUUGUCUAAUUGAAAACGCAAAUUUUCCACAAUUUGUUUUCCAUAUUUUCUAAAUCAGAAUAGAGAUAUUUCUAGAGCAUAACUUAGCCUUUCUAAUAAUUUAUCAUUGAUUCAAAUUAUUUAUCGGGAACAAAAAUAUAUUACGUGGUAUGAUAAGCUUCGCUUGGGUCUUAAAAGAUUAUUAUAGGCCGUUGAACAAAAAUUAAUGAUGAACGAGCACCUCAACACUAAUAUACAACAUUAUUAUAGACUUCGGAUUAAGAUUUAACCAUAAAAAUAUCUUUGUAUGGUAUGUGUUUCCUUUUUUAUUUAUAUUUAUAAUUUUGGUAGAUAUUGGUAGUUUAACCGACGUUAAUAUGAAAUUACAUCAUAAACAUAAAAAUGGUUUCUCUUUAGUAAGUUAGACCUUUAUUGCCAAAAAUAUUCAAAUUUUGAAAUAAAAUAGUAGCACAGGCAGGGCUUUCUUUACAUUAUAAAAAAAGACACAGUGAAAAAAACUAAUAGUGCUGGCUAAUACAGGCAAUUUAAUGCAACGAAACCCUAAAAUUGUCCUAGAAUUAUCUCAAGGCCUGGUCCCACUGGCCGACGGACACAAAACAUACUCAUAACGUAUACUGCGGACAAGCAAAAUUUUGGGAUGACUCCAUCUAUUAUCGAUGAUCUAUCAUAACUUAAUCACAAAUACAAUAGACAAAAUGACCUACCAUUGUUAAAAGCUUAGAAUCUCCUCUUUUA